GCGAACUUUUCUACUUUUUGUCAUACCGAACAACCUUCACCACCGAACUCGAAGUUUCAGUCUCCGCCCAACCUGCGGUUAAAGUGAUUGAUUUCUCUUGUUCUCGUCGACUCCAAACAAACCACAUUCAAAAUGAAGCACCUCGCAGCUUACCUUCUUCUCGGCCUCGGAGGCAACACCUCCCCCUCUGCCGCCGAUGUCAAGGCCGUCCUUACCUCAGUCGGUAUUGACGCUGACGAGGACCGCCUGAACAAGCUUAUCUCUGAGCUCGAGGGCAAGGACAUCCAGCAGCUCAUCGCUGAGGGUUCCGAGAAGCUCGCUUCCGUUCCUUCUGGUGGUGCCGGUGGCGCUUCCGGUGGUGCUGCCGCCGCUGGUGGUGCCGCUGAGGAGGCCAAGGAGGAGGAGAAGGAAGAGGAGAAGGAGGAGUCCGACGAGGAUAUGGGCUUCGGUCUCUUCGACUAAGCGAUCUCUGUCUAGAGAUUCGCAAAGUAACGAUACCUCACGAAUUUCGAAGAUGCUACGCACGGGUUGUUCACCAGUUCUUACACGUCUUAUGCGUGGAUGGAUUGGCCGGUCAUGGCUGGAUUGUGUUUCUCUAAGGAAGGGAUAACAUACGGUUAUGGAAAUUAAAAAAAAAAGGCGGUUCGGCUCUUCGAUUAUAUUGUUCCACUUGUG